AUGCUCCGUCAUACGACGCGCGCCCUCAGGGGCCUUGCCGAAUCUCGGCCCGGCCACCAACAAGCCCUCACGACGCUCCCAAGAGCCACAGCCGUGACUACGAGGCGCAAUGGCCCGUCCUACGUCCGAAAUCAGUCUUCAGCGGCUGCUACGAAACCCGCGGCGAUUGAGGCCCGGCCGAAGCCCAGCCCAUCAUUCAAUGCGGCAAACACCAGAGAUACCAGCCAUGUCCAGCCCUUGGUGAACCCUCGGAAGAGCGAGAUGGACGAGUCGUUCAUUGGGAAGACAGGAGGAGAGAUUUUCCACGAGAUGAUGCUUAGGCAUGGUGUGAAGCAUAUCUUCGGCUAUCCUGGCGGCGCCAUUCUCCCCGUGUUCGAUGCGAUCUACAACUCCCCCCAUUUCGACUUCAUCCUACCGAGGCAUGAGCAGGGUGCCGGCCAUAUGGCUGAGGGUUAUGCGCGCGCUUCAGGCAAGCCCGGCGUCGUCCUGGUGACUUCUGGUCCCGGUGCUACGAACGUCGUCACCCCAAUGGCCGAUGCCUUUGCUGAUGGCACGCCCAUGGUCGUGUUUAGCGGGCAGGUUGUUACCUCUGCCAUUGGUAGCGAUGCGUUCCAGGAAGCAGAUGUGAUUGGUAUCUCGCGGUCGUGCACCAAAUGGAACGUCAUGGUGAAGAGCGUCGCCGAGCUACCCCGCAGAAUCAACGAAGCCUUCGAGAUCGCCACCAGCGGUAGGCCUGGGCCUGUUCUCGUUGAUCUUCCUAAGGAUAUCACGGCCGGAGUUCUCAGGAGAGCUAUUCCCACUGACACGGCCAUCCCUACGAUCCCCAGUGCCGCGUCCCGCGCCGCCCUGGAGCUGACUCAGAAGCAGCUAAAUGCUUCCAUCCGCCGCGUCGCCGACCUUAUCAACAUCGCCAAGAAGCCCGUCAUAUAUGCCGGUCAGGGAGUCAUCCUCUCAGAGGGCGGUCCAGAACUUCUUAGGGCUUUCGCAGACAAGGCAGCUCUCCCCGUCACCACCACCCUUCAUGGCCUGGGCGCCUUCGAUGAACUAGACGAGAAAUCUCUGCACAUGCUUGGCAUGCACGGCGCUGCAUAUGCCAACAUGGCCAUUCAGGAAGCUGAUCUUAUCAUUGCCCUCGGCGCUCGCUUCGACGACCGUGUGACGCUCAGUGUCAGCAAAUUCGCACCGGCCGCCAGAGCGGCAGCCAAGGAAGGACGGGGAGGCAUCAUUCACUUCGACAUUUUGCCCAAGAAUAUCAACAAGGUCGUACAGGCCACUGAAGCCAUCGAAGGGGACGUCGCUUCUAACCUCAAGCUUCUUAUGCCGCAUGUCCAAGCAAAGACAAUGGCCGACAGGAAAGCUUGGUUCGACCAGAUUAGCGAGUGGAAGAAGAAGUGGCCUCUUUCCGACUAUGAGCGGGCUGAGCGCACGGGUCUGAUCAAGCCCCAGACGCUGAUCGAGGAGCUGAGCAACCUGACCGCCAACCGGAAGAACGACACAUACAUCACCACGGGCGUUGGCCAGCACCAAAUGUGGGUGGCUCAACACUUCCGAUGGCGCCAUCCCCGGUCUAUGAUCACUUCCGGUGGACUUGGCACCAUGGGAUACGGCUUACCGGCUGCCAUCGGCGCCAAGGUGGCGAAGCCAGAUUCUCUGGUUAUUGACAUUGAUGGCGAUGCCUCGUUUGCUAUGACCCUGACUGAGCUGGCGACCGCCGCGCAGUUCAACAUUGGCGUCAAGGUCAUCGUCCUGAACAACGAGGAACAGGGGAUGGUCACGCAAUGGCAAAACCUAUUCUACGAGGACCGUUAUUCUCAUACACACCAGAAGAACCCAGACUUCCAGAAGCUGGCGGAUGCUAUGGGUGUGCAGCAUAGGCGCCUGGUUAAGCCAGACGAGACCGUGGAAGCCCUGAAGUGGCUGAUCGAGUCUGACGGGCCGGCGCUUUUGGAAGUGGUGACGGACAAGAAAGUGCCGGUCCUUCCCAUGGUCCCUGCCGGGUCCGGUCUCCACGAGUUCAUUACGUGGGAUGGUGCCAAGGAUAAAAAGAGGCGGGAGUUGAUGCGGGAACGCACCGGCGGUCUCCAUGGCUGA